AUGAAUGGUCUCUGUGCUGCACUCAUGAAGCCGCCCAUGGUUUGGUUCGUGCCGCCUGCUGGACGGCUUCGGAGAGCGCCCGGCUGGACUCGGGUCGCAGCAAGUGCAACGUCGCACCACCGAAGUGAGCAACUGCAAAGGUGGCGAAGACACCGGCACGACGCUCUAGGCUUGAAAGCGCUGCGUGCCUCUGCAGAUGAAACAGCACCAAUGCCUUGGGAUGCAAGCAAAAGCGGUGUCAUUCCGUACCAGAAACCGCCGAAGGAAAUUCAAGCGUUGGUGGACGCUGACCUUGAUCCCGUCUUAGCCCUGUCGCCAGGAGAAGAGAUUCGCUACAUAUUGGAGCUUAAGCGACCUCCACGCUCUCCUAUUCGGAACUUUGCCCUGGAGGAACUGCGACUGGCUGGCAUCCGAUUCUACCCGGCAACCUACACUCCUGCGCGUAUGACGUUCUUCUGUGGAAUCGGUGUUCGCGAGCUGGACGCUCCCGACCGGACGGCAUGGUCAUUUACUGGACUUGCCUCCGGACAACUCGAUAUAGGCUACGUCAAGUGGUCACCAGAUGGGGCACAGGUCGCGUUCUGCACCUUUGAUCGAGAGCGUGGCUUGGACCUCUGGUUGGCCGACAUCGCCACGCGCUCCGCGCGUUGUCUGCUGCAGAGUGGUAUCAGCCUCGCACGUGAACUUGGAAUAGAGCGUCAACAGACAACAGAUAUCACGCAACCGGCCUUACCCGAGCGACUCCGACUGAACGGUAUCGUUUCCGACCCAUUUGCGUGGUGCGGAAACACCGGAUACCUCCUGGUGAACCUCGCCGUCUACGACGAGGCACAGGACCAAACGGCGGAUCCGCUGAAGACACAACGUUGGCAGCAAGCGAAGCGUCCGACAGUUCCCCUCGGACCCACAGUUCAGGUCUAUGAAGCGGGUCGAGCUGCACCUGCGCGAACCAUUCCGGACCUUCUUCGCGACGAGUUCGACAUGGAGAUCUUCGAGCUGUACACCACGACUCAGCUGGCACUUUUGGACACACGUACCGGCCGAAUGCACAGCAUUGGUGGCGCUGGCGUCUUUCGAUACGCGUCUCCUUCUCCAGAUGGCAAAUACCUGUUGGUGGAACGAAUUGAACGGCCCUAUAGUACGAGCGUACCAGCGUCGCGCUUUCCGCGGACAGUCGAGAUCUACGACCUAGUGCACAGGGCUCUUACACGAACUGUUGCCCAUAUUCCGGCACAGGAGCACGUACCACUCGCGUUUGAUGCGACGGUAAGCGGUCCCAGAGCGUUUGGCUGGCGCCAAGACGAUGUCCAACGUGCAACCCUGGUCUGGGUAGAGGCACAGGAUCAGGGCGACCCAGAGCAACAAGUAUCGGUUCGUGACGUCGUCUACUGCCUCCGGGCACCGUUUAGUGACACAGAGGAGCGACCGCGUCCCCUUAUUGCCCUAGCAAAGCGCUUUGGUGGCAUCACAUGGGGUGACAAUACCACCGCGGUUGUCUCGGAGACGUGGUACAAGUCGCGCUCGAUUCGCACAUACCUCUUCGAGCCGGCUGCGUCAUUGGGAGGCGAGUCAGCACCAUCGAUUAGCGAGCCGACGCAGCUGCAGUGCUUGUUCGAUAUACCCGACUGGGAAGAUGCGUAUCGCAACCCUGGCAAUCUGGUUGUGAAGGCGACGCCCUCAGGCAAACUCGUCUUACAUCUCGUGGGUCCCCGCCGGCGUCAAGUCCUGCUCACUGGCAGUGGGGCAUCCGACCAGGGUAAUAGGCCAUUUCUCGACCUCCUGGACUUGGACACUCGAGCGCGAUGGCGCUUGUGGCAGUCUGCACCACCGUACCUCGAGUACUUUCUGAAGGUUUUGGAGCCACGGUCUUCGGAGCGGGUCCCGCGUCGCUUGCUGAUCUCGCGAGAGAGCCCAACAGAGCCCUCGAACUGCUACAUCAUUGAGUGCAUGGAUCCUGUGCCGUUACCGUCUGGCGUGUCUAUGGAUGCGUGGACGGCACACACGGACCAAGCACUCAGCUCGGAUAACGGCCAGCAGGAGUCGCCAGUGGACCAAGCGCAAGGCAACGGAGACGUGGCCCAUGAUCAUCACCAUGCAGUGCGUAGACGCUGGCGGCAGCUGCGGCAAGUCACGUGGUUCCCACACCCGGCACCAUCGCUUGCCUCGGUGCAGCGACAACUGGUACGCUACGAACGCAGCACCGACCAGGUACGAUUGAGCGCAUCGCUCUAUCUCCCGCCAGGCUAUGACAAAACCCGCGAUGGGCCGUUGCCGUUCUUUGUGUGGGCGUACCCGCGUGAGUUUCUCUCAGCGGACUCUGCUGGACAGUUGCGGGACUCACCCUACGGUUUUACACACCUGGCGAGGGUACCACUGUAUUGGUUGACCCAGGGAUUCGGGAUCCUGGAGGGUCCCAGCAUGCCCAUCAUCGGCCCCAGCGGGGAGGAUGCGAACGACACCUUUAUCGAGCAGUUGGUUGCUUCCGCCCGGGCCGCGGUAGCAUUUCUGGUGUCGAACGGUUACGCUGAUCCACAACGGAUCGCUAUCGGUGGUCACAGCUAUGGGGCGUUUAUGGCAGCGAACCUGUUAUGUCAUGCCCCGGAUCUAUUUCGUUGCGGGAUCGCGCGCAGCGGUGCCUACAACCGCACACUGACCCCGUUUGGCUUCCAGAAUGAGCAACGAACGCUCUGGCAAGCACGCGAUGUUUACGUGCGCAUGUCGCCGUACCUGUAUGCAAACCAGAUCCAAGCCCCGUUGCUCUUGAUUCACGGCGAGGAUGACGAUAAUCCCGGAACGUAUCCACUUCAAAGCGAGCGCUUUUUUCAAGCGCUGAAGGGUCAGGGCAAAAUCGCUCGGCUGGUGUUGUUGCCGCUCGAAUCGCAUUCCUACCAAGCACGCGAGAGUGUUCUACACGUACUCGCUGAAAUGGAUGCCUGGUUGAAGCGUUGGUGUGCCCCAGCGGCAUCCUCGUACACGUCAAUGUCGCCAGCGAGCAUACCGACAGAGAUGAAUACCCACAAUACUGCCGCUGCGGAUGCCGGUCUGGGGCUUUCGCGCACACCAACAGUGCCGACGCAUCACGAAGGUGAUACCCAAGGCCCCGGGACCUUGUGA